CUGAACUUCCUGAGGAGGAUGAAGCAGGAGGAGCUGGCUGACCAUCUGCAGAGCAAACAUCUUGCUGCAGUUUGUCAACAUCAACUUAAAUCUGGUCUGAAGGAGAAGUUCCAGUGUGUGUUUGAGGGGAUCGCUAAAGCAGGAAGUCCAACCCUUCUGAACCAGAUCUACACAGAGCUCUACAUCACAGAGGGAGGGACUGGAGAGGUCAAUGAGGAACAUGAGGUCAGACAGAUUGAAACAGCAUCCAGGAAACCACACAGACCAGAAACAACCAUCAGACAAGAAGACAUCUUUAAAGUCCCACCUGGAAGAGAUCAACCAAUCAGAACAGUGAUGACAAAGGGAGUGGCUGGCAUUGGGAAAACAGUCUUAACCCAGAAGUUCACUCUGGACUGGGCUGAAGACAAAGCCCACCAGAACAUCCACUUCAUAUUUCCAUUCACCUUCAGAGAGCUGAAUGUGCUGAAAGAGAAAAAGUUCAGCUUGGUGGACCUUGUUCAUCACUUCUUUACUGAAACCAAAGAAAUCUGCAGCUUUGAACACUUCCAGGUUCUGUUCAUCUUUGAUGGUCUGGAUGAGAGUCGACUUCCUCUGGACUUCCAGAACCAGGAGAACCUGACUGAUGCUACAAAGUCCACCUCAGUGGAUGUUCUGCUGACAAACCUCAUCAGGGGGAAACUGCUUCCCUCUGCUCGCCUCUGGAUAACCACACGACCUGCAGCAGCCAAUCAGAUCCCUCCUGAGUGUGUUGGCAUGGUGACAGAGGUCAGAGGGUUCACUGACCCACAGAAGGAGGAGUACUUCAGGAAGAGAUUCAGAGAUGAGGAGCAGGCCAGGAGGAUCAUCUCCCACAUGAAGACAUCAAGAAGCCUCCACAUCAUGUGCCACAUCCCAGUCUUCUGCUGGAUCACUGCUACGGUUCUGGAGGACGUGUUGGAGACCAGAGAGGGAGGAGAGCUGCCCAGCACCCUGACUGAGAUGUACAUCCACUUCCUGGUGGUUCAGACCAAAGUGAAGAAGGUCAAGUAUGAUGGAGGAGUUGAAACAGAUCCACACUGGAGUCCAGAGAGCAGGAAGAUGAUUGAGUCUCUGGGAAAACUGGCUUUUGAUCAGCUGCAGAAAGGAAACCUGAUCUUCUAUGAAUCAGACCUGAUAGAGUGUGGCAUCGAUAUCAGAGCAGCCUCAGUGUACUCAGGAGUGUUCACACAGAUCUUUAGAGAGGAGAGAGGAGGGCUGUACCAGGACAAGGUGUUCUGCUUCGUCCAUCUGAGUCUUCAGGAGUUUCUGGCUGCUCUUCAUGUUCAUCGGACAUUCAUCACCUCUGGUGUCAACCUGAUCGGAGAAACACAAACAUCUAAGAAGUCCUCAGUUUCUCAGGACCCUAAACCAAAGUCUCUUCACCAGACAGCUGUUGAUCAGGCCUUACAGAGUCCAAAUGGACACCUGGACUUGUUCCUCCGGUUCCUCCUGGGACUUUCACUGCAGACCAAUCAGAGACUCCUACAAGGUCUGCUGACACAGACAGGAAGUAGCUCACAGACCAAUCAGGAAACAGUUCAUUACAUCAAGGAGCAGAUCAGUGAGAAUGUGUCUGCAGAGAAACGCAUCAAUCUGUUCCACUGUCUGAAUGAACUGAAUGAUUGUUCUCUAGUGGAGGAGAUCCAACAGUCUCUGCGUUCAGGAAGUCUCUCCACAGAUAAACUGUCUCCUGCUCAGUGGUCAGCUCUGAUCUUCAUCUUAGUGUCAUCAGCAGAAGAUCUGGAUGUGUCCUCCCGGCUCAAAGAACUGGACCUGAAUAACAAGCCCCUCCAGGAUUCAGGGGUGAAGCUUCUCUCUGCUGGACUGGAGAGUCCAAACUGCAGACUGGAAACUCUCAGACUGAGUGGCUGUAACCUCUCAGAGAGAAGCUGUGAAGCUCUGUCCUCAGUUCUCAGCUCCCAGUCCUCCAGUCUCAGAGAACUGGACCUGAGGAACAACAACCUGAAGGAUUCAGGAGUGAAGCUUCUCUCUGCUGGACUGGAGAGUCCAAACUGCAGACUGGAAACUCUCAGACUAAAUGGCUGUAACCUCUCAGAGAGAAGCUGUGAAGCUCUGUCCUCAGUUCUCAGCUCCCAGUCCUCCAGUCUCAGAGAACUGGACCUGAGGAACAACAACCUGCAGGAUUCAGGAGUGAAGCUUCUCUCUGCUGGACUGGAGAGUCCAAACUGCAAACUGGAAACUAUCAGACUGAGUGGCUGUAACCUGUCAGAGAGAAGCUGUGAAGCUCUGUCCUCAGUUCUCAGCUCCCAGUCCUCCAGUCUCAGAGAAUUGGACCUGAGGAACAACAACCUGCAGGAUUCAGGAGUGAAGCUUCUCACUGCUGGACUGGAGAGUCCAAACUGCAAACUGCAAACUCUCAGCUUGUCAGGCUGUCUGGUCUCAGAGGAAGGCUGUGCCCCUCUGGUAUCUGCUCUGAGGUCAAACCCCUCCCAUCUGAAAGAAUUGGACCUGAGCUACAAUCAUCCAGGAGACUCGGGAGUGAAGCUGCUGUCGGCUGGGCUGAAGGAUCCACACUGGAGACUGAAAGCUCUCAGGGUGGAGCCUGCUGGAGUCCGAUGGUUGACACCAGGUCUGAGGAAGUAUUCCUGUCAACUCACAAUCGACACAAACACAGUGAACAGAAACCUCAAACUGUCUGAAGACAACAGGAAGGUGACACUAGUGGAGGAGCUUCAGUCAUAUCCUGAUCAUCCAGACAGAUUUGAUUACUGGCCUCAGCUGCUGUGUAGAACUGGCCUGAGUGGUCGCUGUUAUUGGGAGGUCGAGUGGAGAGGAGAGGUUUAUAUAUCAGUGAGUUACAGAAGAAUCAGGAGGAGAGGAGACAUUAGAGACUGUUGGUUUGGAGAUAAUGAUCAGUCCUGGAGUCUGAGCUGCUCUGAUCGUCAUGGUUACUCUGUCCGUCACAAUAACAUAGAAACAUCUUUCUCCUCCUUCUCCGUCUCUAACAGAGCAGCAGUGUAUGUGGACUGUCCUGCUGGUAUUCUGUCCUUCUACAGAGUCUCCUCUGACUCACUGAUCCACCUCCACACCUUCAACACCACAUUCACAGAACCUCUGCAUCCUGGCUUUGGGUUCUGUUUCGGUUCAGGUUCCUCAGUGUUUUUUUGCUGAUUGAGUCUAAAGAGUCUCCUCCUGUCAGAGAAAGCCUCUCCCUGUUGAACAGAUAGUUU